CAGGUGCCCCUCAUCAUCACCUAUUUUAAUGAUAGGCAUAUAGUCAGAAGUCAGUAAAUGCUUACAAAUAGAAUACUGCACAAUUCUGCAAGGCCAGGUGUCUAGUCCUCUUCACAGGGAGGAAAACUGGGGCUGAGACUGGGGACGUGUCCCCUGGGGUCCCUCUACACAGCCUAGGCUAGAAGCUUCCUUCCCAACUUUCCGUGUCAAGUCCUGGACACUGGGCGGAGAGCGUCUGCUCUCAGGGUGAGUCACAGUGACCUCACGGGAGUUCCCCUCAAACCUUCCCCGCCCCGGGCUGGAGAAAAGCCAAAACUCCAUAGGGCCAGGAGGUCACCAAGCCCAAGCCGGUCAGGUGUCCUAAAAGUGCCCUGGCCGGGUCCUCCCCCGUUCAGCCCACAGAGACGAAGAGACAGAAGGGCCGCUUGCUCACGGCUGAGGCCCCGCCCCCCGCUUGUCGGCCGGCCCGCUCCUCCAGCGGAAGCCGGAAGCAAAAGCAGUCCCUGCUAGCCCCCGGCUCCGAACUCGGUGGUCUUGGAGGCUCCGCAAGAUGUGGGAGAAGAUGGCGGAAGAGGAGCCCUGGGCACAUAGUAGUGAAGGAGGCCGACCAGGAGCCGCCCUCAGGUUCCCUAACACAACUCACGAAGGUUUCAAUGUCACCCUUCACACUACCCUGGUUGUCACCACGAAACUGGUGCUCCCGACCCCUGCCAAGCCCAUUCUCCCUGUGCAAACGGGGGAGCAGGCUCAGCAGGAGGAACAGUCAAGCGGCAUGACCAUCUUCUUCAGCCUCCUUGUCUUAGCUAUCUGCAUCAUAUUGGUGCAUUUACUGAUCCGAUACAGAUUACAUUUCUUGCCAGAGAGUGUUGCUGUUGUUUCUUUAGGUAUUCUCAUGGGAGCAGUUAUAAAAAUUAUAGAGUUCAAAAAAUUGGCAAAUUGGAAGGAAGAAGAAAUGUUUCGUCCAAAUAUGUUUUUCCUCCUCUUGCUUCCUCCUAUUAUAUUUGAGUCAGGAUAUUCAUUACACAAGGGUAACUUCUUUCAAAAUAUUGGUUCCAUCACCCUGUUUGCUGUCUUUGGUACGGCAAUUUCCGCUUUUGUAGUAGGUGGAGGAAUUUAUUUUCUGGGUCAGGGGUUUUUUUUUUGUGUCUGUGUGUUUGUGUGUUUUAUUUUACAGGCUGAUGUAAUCUCUAAACUCAACAUGACAGACAGUCUUCCCGACUGGCUUCAUCCUCGGGCACGCUUGCCCCACACUGGCAGCACCGCCGGCUCUGGGCUCACGGCACCCGCACGUCAGCUAUCUAUGCCAGAAGGGCCAAUUGAAUUCCCGAGGACCUGGCGAAAUGCCUGCUUUGCGUUCGGCUCCCUGAUUUCUGCCGUCGACCCGGUGGCCACUAUUGCUAUUUUCAACGCGCUUCACGUGGACCCGGUGCUCAACAUGCUGGUUUUUGGAGAGAGUAUUCUCAAUGACGCAGUCUCCAUUGUCCUGACCAAGCUGGGGUGGGGCAUGAUCAAGACUGGCUGUCCACCUUCAGCAUCUGGCGAGGGCCCUCCACGUGCCAGACAUCACUCAGAGACCAGCUGGACUUGCCAAGCUGAAGGCUUAACGAGGAAAAAUAUGUCAGAUGUCAGUGGGUGGCAAACAUUUUUACAAGCCCUUGGCUACUUCCUCAAAAUGUUCUUUGGCUCAGCGGCACUCGGCACCCUCACUGGCUUAAUCUCUGCAUUAGUGCUAAAGCAUAUUGACUUGAGGAAAACGCCUUCCUUGGAGUUUGGCAUGAUGAUCAUUUUUGCUUAUCUUCCUUAUGGGCUUGCAGAAGGAAUCUCACUCUCGGGCAUCAUGGCCAUCCUGUUCUCGGGCAUCGUGAUGUCACACUACACGCACCAUAACCUGUCCCCGGUCACCCAGAUCCUCAUGCAGCAGACCCUUCGGACCGUGGCCUUCCUGUGCGAAACAUGUGUGUUUGCAUUUCUUGGCCUGUCCAUUUUUAGUUUCCCUCACAAGUUUGAAAUUUCCUUUGUCAUCUGGUGCAUAGUGCUGGUACUGUUUGGCAGAGCAGUGAACAUUUUCCCUCUGUCCUACCUCCUGAAUUUCUUCCGUGAUCAUAAAAUCACACCGAAGAUGAUGUUCAUCAUGUGGUUUAGCGGCCUGCGGGGGGCCAUCCCCUACGCCCUGAGCCUGCACCUGGACCUGGAGCCCAUGGAGAAGCGGCAGCUCAUCGGCACCACCACCAUCAUCAUCGUGCUUUUCACCAUCCUGCUGCUGGGCGGCAGCACCAUGCCCCUCAUCCGCCUCGUGGACAUCGAGGACGCCAAGGCGCGCCGCAGGAGCAAGAAGGACGUCAACCUCAGCAAGACCGAGAAGAUGGGCAACACCAUCGAGUCAGAGCACUUGUCGGAGCUCACGGAGGAGGAGUAUGAAGCCCACUACAUCAGGCGGCAGGACCUCAAAGGCUUUGUGUGGCUGGACGCCAAGUACCUGAACCCCUUCUUCACGCGGCGGCUAACUCAGGAGGACCUCCACCACGGGCGCAUCCAGAUGAAAACCCUCACCAACAAGUGGUACGAGGAGGUGCGCCAGGGCCCCUCCGGCUCUGAAGACGACGAGCAGGAGCUGCUGUGACGGAGCAGGGCGCCCCGUCCGGCCUCCUCGCGGCUCCCGCGACGGACGCUCGCAUGUGGCAGCCUCCUCAGGGGAGAUGGAAGCAGGGGGAAGUGAAGGCCGUCCCUGGCUCUCGGAGCCGGCUGUCUACUUCUGAAGUAGGUCAUGUCCCCGGGCUGAACGGAGCCAGACCCCUUCUCAGCCCGCAGAUCGGAGGGAACAGCUGUCCAGGUACACCUUCCUUCCGCUUCUGCGGCCAGAGUGCAGAGUCCUCUGCUGGACUGAGGGGCCUGAGAAGAGAGGCCAUGCCCCGCUGUGGAUCCUGCCGUGAGCGGGGCUGCUGGGGAGCUGGGGGAGCUUGCAGCUUCUGCCAUUCCCACCCACGGCCUUCAUCACGGGAGUGCCUGUUCUAGCAGCGCGAGGAGCCAGCCGCCAUUUCCCUUUGGUCAUCGAGGUGCCUCUGGUCUCAGCAGCAGCAGUUCUGACCCAAGGGGCGGGCUCGGGAAUCUGGGAAACCUCACGCUCCCCUUUGUGAUGUUGCUUGAGAAGGAAAAACCGAGUGACCUUUUCCUUUACCUCCGCCUGGGACCUUGCAGGCCAUCCCCCUGAGUGACAAGCGGCCACUGCCCUCCUCUGGGAGUAGUGUGAAUGUUUACGCUGGUUCGGAGCAGGGGCACACAGGCCCCUUGGAAGCCUGCAUCCUUGGGUUUCUCGGGGUGAGCGAGCCUAUUCUGUGGGGUGAGCGCGCCCUCUGGAGGGAGAAGCUAGGAGUUACAGGGCUUGCGGAGGCCUGCAUCCGCUGUCUGAAUUCCGUUUUAAUUCAUGCCCUCUGACAAAGCAGUGAGAGCCUAGCAGUCACCUCCCCCGCUCAGUGGACCUCCUUGGUCCAGAGGCCCCAUUUCCUAAUGCCCACUGUUCGCCUGCUGCCACCUUCACUGCUAAUCAGCAUUUCCUCUUUCCCUGCCCCAGGUCUCUCCCGGCUCGGGUCCCGGCUCCGGUCCCAGCUCGCCAGAGCCCUGGGGCCGGGGCCAGAGUGUGCUCCUCCCCAGCCGCCCCCGCCCAGGACCCGCUCGCAGAGCGUCUGUACGUGCUCUUUCCGUCUCACACGCCCCGUCCCGUCCCUGUGGGCCUGGCCCCGGCUACCUAGGGUGAGGAGCUGCCGGUCAUGUCCAGGCGGAGUGGAGUUACUGACUUUCGCCUCCGCUCCUCCCCUGCCCUUAAUAAACCUCGUCCCUGCAAGCCACAGGGCCAGUGGCAACUCCCCUAGGUGGCUCGGGGUCGCUGCCUGGGGUGGCUUAAUUCGUCACGUGCAUGUCCGUGGUUCUCUGGAGGGACGCGGCGGGCCAGCACAGGCCCCGGGCUGACAGCACGUACGUCUCCCAUCUGUUCUGCCUCAGGCAGCGUGGCUCUGUCUCUCAGGAAGGACUGAUUUCAGAGCCCACCAGGCCAGACCCAUUUCCCCGAAGUAUGAGGCCGGUCAGGCAGGAAGCACGUGGUUUCCUUUUUAUGCAUGAAAAGUAAAUCUGUACUUGAUAGGGUUAAAAUAUGGUCAGUUGUCUUUUUGUAACCUCCCACUUUAACCCCAUAAUUUAAGCCAAAUAGGAGUAUUUUACUCCACCUAAGACCUUCACUUGGAGGAGUAAUACCAUCCAUAAUUCUGGUCUCCAUCAUUUCCUACUUAAUUUUAGUGGAAAAGUAAGAGAAGAGGUCAAAGAGGGAGGGAACCUUUGUCCACACCUGGUGAGGUCUUGACUAGAGCGUUCCCCAAUCCAUAAGUCAUUUACCUUCUCCUUUGAAGUUCAGGAUCUGAGCUCAGAAGUGUAACUUGCAUGGCAAACUCAAUAGUUUACCAGAAAAUUUGGUGGGGCGGGGGCUAUGAAUUCACAGAUAAAGCAGUGAAAACAGGAUCUUUUCAAUUCAGACUGCCCCUUGUCACCAGGUCCCACCUGGCCUCCUACUUUUAGCUGAGACCUGAAAAUGACCCUGUAGUCGAGUCCCCAAGGUGGAAGGUCCCCAAGGCCUGGCUUAGUGGGCAGGGGGCACCUUUCCUCGCAGGUCCCAGCACCAGCUUGGGUCUCCCGUGAGCCUCUUCUGCCCCCUGCUGAAGGGAAGCUUUGGUGGGCUGGAGCGCAUUCCCACGGGGACAGGGGCAACCCGUGUUCCUCAGGUCUGUCUCUUCACCUCUGCCACAGGCAGAGCCCAUGGCGAUAUAUUUUUCUAGUGGAUUUUUUUCAGGUGUCUUUGCCUGAGAAUCAGAAAUUUGCUGCUGUCUACCUUAACAUACCUAAUAAUUCUACUAUUUGGGGCAAUAAAUGCCUACUAGAUAAAAAAAAAAUACUCAGCAUAACUACAAUUUCCCACAGAUUUAUUUCCUUCUAGGUCUAGGCCAUGGGAGAGCUGUAGCACAUAGACCAGGUCAUACUUCGGAGGGCAGUGAAGGCUCUGAAGUGUGUGAGCGCCUGUGGGGAAGCUGGACGGCUAGCCAGUGAACUCAGAAGAUGUGCUGGUCUUGGGGAGCCAUGUGGUGACAAGCCGCACACCCAAGGCUCCCCCUGCAGCCCUGUCGUUGUAGGACUCCUGGGAACAACCAUACCCCGAGGCUUGUGGUGUGGGGCGUGACAGGGAAAGGAGCUGGCUUGUCCUAGGUCCCCAGAGAUCAGGGUUUAGGCUGGGCUGAGCCAGGGCCAGGCAGAAAGAAGGUGGCUCAGUUCCAUGGUCGGGUGCUCAGACACUCAGCCCGAGGGGAGAACAAGAAAACCUCCCGCACCCAGGCCAGCUACCUUGCUUCACAGUGGAAAUGCUGGCCAGGCCUUGGCUGACAGAAGGCCAAGGGGCAGGGCCUGGCCCAGAAUGGUGGCCGCCCCGGAGUACCCCCCGUCGGCCUAGGGAGGCCCUGGUUUGCCUGCAGAUUCCUUGGUGCACAGUGAAGUGUGGAAAGAUGGGUGAGCGGGGAUCCUCCUGUCCCUGAAACCUAUGUCAGAGGUGCCGUCGGCAAGACUUGGCCCUGUGAGGUCUCAGGUCCACCUGCGCACAGGGGCCGGGGCAUUUGGCAGGGUCCUCGGCGGCUGGCCACAGCCGCUUCCGCUUUGGUGGAGCGAGUGAGGGUGGCGCAGGGUGGUGGCCGGCUUCCCAGCUAAGUCAUGGAUGUCACAGGUACAAGCCUCAGAGCUGGGCCGUGCUUCAAGAGCAAGGAAGAAUCGGCAGCAAUGAUCUGCCGUUAUUCGGGCUUCAAACGCAGAGAAAGGGCACCCACCGCCCCCCACCCCCCCCCCGCCAUUGCCACGUGUCUCCCGCCGGCCGGUGGUGUAGGAAACCCACCCCGACCCAUGCUCCCAAGCAGCCCGCGCCCUGAAGCGCUGUGCUCCCAGCGCCUCGGUCUCCAAAGCCCCAGCCAGGACUGUCUUAAACGAAAACGGCCCCAGUGAGAGGAUUCCACCCCGGUGCCUGCUGUCUCACGCAAGCGGAGCUGGACGUGCCGGAGCUUCCACUGCCCUUGGCCACGAGACCAAAGAAGGCCGGCUUGACAGUCCCCCCGGGGCCACCCCAUUUCUUGGCCCUCCCCGCCCUCUCACCGGUGAGCUGACUGGUCCGUGUGUGAGCCGCCGGGCAAGAGCAAGCGCACCUGUCACCGACAUAGGCCCUGCGGAAGAGUCCCUUCUGGAAGCCCCAGGCCUGCUCUGCCGCUCUCCCUCGCGGCCGGGCUCCGAGGUUCGUGGCUCCCCCCAAGGCUGGGACAAGGUCUCCGAUGCGGCCCCGGCCAAGCUUGAUCUGCUCUUUGUAUUCUUCCAAGUGAUUUUCUUUGUAAAAAUGAAGGGUUGUUUUUUAAGUACUGCUUUUUUAUUUGUUUUAAGGACCUUUAGGAAGGUCAGGCUUAUUCUCUGUCCUCCCCCAUGUAAGUUUUGAGGUGUUGGUUAGGUCCUGGUUCCUGAGAAAUGAUUUGCUGCUCUUCGGGAUGGGGCUUCAGAGGGGCUGGGUCCGGGACAGGGUACCCGCAGCUGCCGUGCUGGAGCCCCCACUUCAUUUCACUGGACUCUGCCAAGAAUGCAGAAAUGACUGGAAAACUGUAAUGUCACUGGAUACUUAUUUAGAAAUAAAAGUGAAUGCUGCUGGA